AGUCAUCAUGACAUCACAGUGCAACCCUGCCGCUAUGACACCAUUAUGACAUCACUGCCUCUGAUCCUGACCAAAGGCAGUGAUAUUAUAAUGAUGUUGUAGUGUGAACCCCUGAUCACAGAGCAACACAGUGCAGAGUUGUGUUCUCUCUAUCAGACAGAGACCAUUCCAGCAGAGGAGUGAAAAUUCUCUGAGAGAAUAUCUUUCUAACAAUUUUACUUCUUUCAGAUUUAAUUGACAUCACCAUGACAGAACGACCGGCCCAGGACCCACCAGGGUCCUCCGCCGCAUCGGUGCAGAUGCCUGAUACUCUGCAUGUUGACCUGCCACAUGUUGAUCCACAGGAAGUCCGUCUUACCAUCAACAAACUUUUGAUGCACAUGACCGCAGAGCAUCGCGCGGAAAUGGAAGACAACUUGGUGUCCAGUGAGAUGAUCGCUGUAAUGGUCGAUUGUUGCAUGGAUAUUAUCCAGACUUCUGCAGAGGCUAUCGUGGAUGUCGUGAUGCCACAGGUCUACAGAUACUUGAGAAUCUACGGCACCUUUUCCCCAUCCAUCCUCGGUCUAACUGAGGACCGAAUCCAAACCUACCUGGGGGAUUCCGUUGAACGGGGGCUGUCCAAUACCCUGAAGGUCAAUGUACAGGAUUUUGUGGAAACAAAGUAUUUCUCCCAGAUGCUUUGUAGCUACAUCUCAGAGACGGUCAACACAGUCUUGGAUUUGACCACUCAGACUCCCACCCCGGAGUCCAGACUCCCAGUGGUUUUUGUCAGCGGCGUUGUGUCUUCCCUUGAAGCCUAUGCAAACUUGCUUCGUCUCUUUGCCAAGAUACUGGUAGGAGCCGUCAAAGCUCGGCAACGAGCUCAAAAGAUGACUGAAGAUGAGUGGAGCCAGACUUCAGAAGCGAAGCCCCUUCUAUUCGUUUUGGCAACCAAAAAAGACUUAACGACAAUGACGGAGGCGUACAUCACUCGUAUGGUGAAACACCUAAAAAAUGUUCAAAAGCCACACCGUUGCGUGAACUCUAGCAACCGCAGAGAUGUCUGUGUUAGAGUUGGCACAAACACACAAAUUUUGACCGUCAAAAACAGGGAAUCAGAAAGACAAAGGUCUGCCGCGCCUUCCCAUUGUGGUUUUGAUGCCAUACCGGCUGCUGUGCAUGACGGCGACGUCAUCGAGUCCCGUUCUGAGAGUCCUCCCUUCAGUUCAGCUACGGUAAUCGACGCAACGGAGGACCGUUCUGCUCCUUCUUCAGGUCCCAGUGCGAUGGAGUCUAUCAAGAACAUAGCUGUCGAACUGGUACAAGUAUUUUUGGAAGAAGUUCCGGAAGAGGAAGAGGUCGCACACACUGGUCAAAAACUAAAGGAACUCAUAGACAGAAUCUUUAACGUGGUAAUGGGUGGACAUGACUACCAGAUUCCAUCAGUGCCAGCCGGAAUGCGCCUGAUGGACACUGUGACCUAUAGAAGGCUGAGGGGAAGAGACGUCACUGACCCAGGCAUCGUGGCUCACACCCUUUACCUGAGGACAGAGGAGGUUGUUACUCGUUGUGCUUGGCAGAUUCUCCUGCCGGACAAACUGCACUUGCAGCUGCUGCAACAUCCAACUGUCAACUCAGGAGUUCAGUCUACAACUUCUGACUGUGAUCGAGUGGUGGGUGAAGGUUGUUAUGAGGCGAAUCAAGGUUCUAAUGCCACAUACGAUGUAAUCCAUGAGACGCAGGAGCUAACGGAGUCACAGAUGCAGAAAAGCCUUGCGCACACAACCCUGAUGACUCUGGUGGUUGGGCAGAUGCUCAAUAUCAUCGGCGUUAGAGACCGUGCCAUAAUUGCCGAUUUGGUAAUGAAAGUGGCCGAAGAGCUUCAAGAUGUCGACCCUGAGAAGUACGAGCACUUCCAUGCCUUCUUCAUGGGUAAGCAUUACAAAGACAUUUCCCAGGCUGCCCUCAACGACCUCCUGUGGACAUAUGGUUCACUACAAGAGCUGCACGAGGUGGUGAGAGACCAGGAUCCCAGGUUUGAGGCAUCUCUAUUGACAGUACUGAGGAGACAGUGGGAAACCACCCUCACUCCAGUGCCUGACAGAAAGACAGACAAGAAAACAAGCGUCAGUUUCUUCGAUAAAUUGAAAAAACUGUGCUGCAAAAAAAAGGAGGUCUAACAAGAUCCAGUCUGUCACUUCUCUGACCAGGCACCAGAACGGCAGCCAGUUUGAGGGUAAGUAACACAUCAAAGAAUUUAUGUUAAUUUUAUUACAAGCACUGGGCAGACCAUUCGCCUUUUGCCACCGCCCAGAGAGCCAGUGAGGCUCCGGGGGUUGUGGGGACCUUGGAUCCACUGAAAGCUCCUACAAUAGAUCCUUAGUCCCAAAGUGGCUUUUGGGAUGUGGGUCCUCGCUUCUAGUAACAAUCCACUGGACUAAAGUAAUUUUUUGAGCAGUGGUUUCAAAUUUCUAAGAACUGGGGGAUUGGUAAGAACCUUGCCAUUUGGUUUUCACUUUAUCCAUUCCUCAAAGCGAAGUGUGGACCUACGAAGUGUGGACCUAGGCAAUAUAGAAGCAUACUUCUAUAAGCGUCCCACACCAACUGGAGAAAAGGAGUACCAAUUGUCACCACCCUGGAAGGGGGUCCCCUCUUCUGUGGUCCUUCUCAAGGUUUCUUCCAUUUACCCUGUGAAAGGCGUCUUUGGGAGUUUUUCCUUGCCCAAUUGAGGGGGGGUGUCCUAAAUAAAUAUAUAUAUACUGUAUAUAUAUAUAUAUAUAUAUAUAUAUAUAUAUAUAUAUAUAUAUAUAUAUCAAACUAUCCUCAGGCAAGAUACUUAACCCCAAACUGCCCCCGAAGGCUGUGCCAUCGGUGUGAGAAUGAGUAUUUAGAUUAGAUCCUGAUGGGCAGUGGCACCUUGUGUGGCAGCCGCUGCCAUCAGUCUAUGUAAUGUGAUGCCGGUCAUCGUAGUGAAAUAAACGUGUCAGGGCGGUGCAGGACCCUGACUCAAAUUGGA